UAGCAUCUGCAGGGCAGAGGCUGACAGAGCCUGGGUCGGAGGUGGGAGCUGCCCUCAGAGCCCCGGGUGGAGCCCCAAGUGCAGACUUUUGGGACACUGCUUGCCACAGGCUGGCACAGGGCCCGGACCCACUGUCCUGAGCCUGUGUGUUGUCCUUGGGAGUCCUAGACCAGGUCCUGGGCCUUGGCGUCCUGUCUGUAAGGGGAGUGGCCAUCACUUCCUGGGAGACCGGGCUGGUUUGGGAGAGGGCCAGAUCGAGGGCUGGGAGGGCAGGUGCACUGGGCCCCGCCCUCUUAGUUCUCUGUAUUGGGUUUUGUCUGAUGAGACGGUUGGAAUGCUAAGGGUCUGGAUGAUCUGGCGGCCCUAACCCCUCAGGAACCCCCAUGCUGGGGCUGAGUGCCUCGGGUGGAGGCAGGGAGAUCAGGGCUUCCCUUUGGCUGCCUUGUUUGAGCAUUUUCAAACUUUUUUUCUUUUUUCAAUUUUUAUUUAUUUUUGAGAGAGAGAGCAUGAGCUGGGGAGGGGCAGAGAGAGGUGGGGACAAAGGAUCUGAAGCGGGCUCUGUGCUUCCAUGCUCAAUCGGAUGCGGGGCUCGAACUCACCAACCACGAGAUCACGACCUGAGCCGAAGUUGGACACUUAACCAACUGAGCCACGCAGGCGCCCCUGCCCUGUAUGAGCAUUUUUAAAGGACUUCUCCCCCGGCCCCCCACCUCAGGCUCUCCUGUGCAGCCAGCCCCUGACUUCUUGAGGGUUGGGGGACAGGGACUGGAUCCCAUGUGCCGAGGCUGGAAUUGGGUUCUUGAGGAUGCCUCACAAAGGCCUCCAGAAUAAAGGGGAGUGUGGUGAUGGUGCCCCAUUUACUGCUGGGGUCCUCCUGGCGAAGGCAGGGGACUGGUGGCUGGGCCUGCAGACCUGAGCGGUGGGCAGUGCGCUGUGAGGUGGCGCCCUGGGACCCCUGGUCUUCGAACUGGGAAGUGAGAUUAAGAGAAACGAGGACAAAGGGCCGGGGGGCGGGGGGCCUGCAGACCUGGGGACACUCGAGGCCUCCUGUGAGGUGUAAUUGGAUCCCUCCGACCUGCCAGACACGGGGCAUCUGCGGUCCUGACCCCGGGCCUGUUCCUCCACCUCCCAGGGCCCCGCCCUUUACAUAAGGCCCCGGCAGGCUGGGCCGUAGGCCAGGCCGCGGCCAUGGCCUUCACAGACCUGCUGGACCGCCUAGGCGGAGUGGGUCGUUUCCAGCUCGUCUACACGGGCCUGCUGCUGCUGCCCUGCAGCCUGCUGGCCUGUCACAACUUCCUGCAGAACUUCACGGCUGCCGUGCCUCGCCACCAUUGCCAAGGCCCCUCCAACCACACCGCGGCCGCCACCAACGACUCGGGGGCCUGGCUCAGGGCCGUCGUACCCCUGGACCGCCUGGGGGACCCCGAGCCAUGCCGGCGCUUCAAGGAGCCUCAGUGGGCCCUCCUGAGCCCCAACACGUCUGUCCGCGGGGCGGCCACGGAGGGCUGCAGGGACGGCUGGGUCUAUGACCGCAGCGUUUUCCCGUCCACUAUCGUGAUGGAGUGGGAUCUGGUGUGUGAGGCCCGCCCCCUCCGCGACCUCGCUCAGUCCAUCUACAUGGCCGGCGUGCUGGUGGGCGCCAUCGUGUUUGGUGGCCUCGCGGACAGGCUGGGCCGCAAGGGCCCCCUGGUCUGGUCCUACCUGCAGCUGGCGGUUUCGGGGGCCGCCACGGCAUACUUCGGUUCCUUCGGUGCCUACUGUGUCUUCCGGUUCCUGAUGGGCAUGACCUUCUCCGGCAUCAUCCUCAACUCCCUCUCCCUGGUCGUGGAGUGGAUGCCCACCCGGGGCCGGACCGUGGCGGGGGUCUUGCUGGGGUACUCCUUUACCUUGGGUCAGCUCAUCCUGGCCGGAGUGGCAUACGUGAUCCGCCCCUGGCGGUGGCUACAGUUUGCUGUCUCUGUUCCUUUCCUCAUCUUCUUCCUCUAUUCUUGGUGGCUGCCAGAGUCAUCCCGAUGGCUCCUGCUCCAUGGCAAGUCCCAGCUAGCUGUGGAGAACCUUCGGAAGGUGGCUGUUAUGAAUGGGAGAAUGGAGGAAGGGGAAAGGCUGACCAAAGAGGUGGUGAGCUCCUACAUCCAGAGUGAAAUAGCAAGUGUCCGCCCCUCCAACUCAGUCUUGGACCUCUUCCGAACCCCGGCCAUCCGAAAGAUCACGUGCUGUCUCAUGGUGGUCUGGUUCUCCAACUCCCUGGCUUACUACGGGCUGGCCAUAGACCUGCAGAAGUUUGGACUCAGCGUAUACCUGGUCCAGGUCCUCUUUGGGGUCAUAGACAUCCCGGCCAUGCUGGUAGCCACCACCACCAUGAUUUACGUGGGCCGCCGGGCCACAGUGGCUUCCUUCCUCCUCCUGGCGGGGCUCAUGGUGAUCGCGAACAUGUUUGUGCCAGAAGACAUGCAGGCCUUGCGCAUGGCCCAGGCGGCACUCGGCAAAGGCUGCCUGGCCAGUUCCUUCAUCUGUGUGUACCUGUUCACGGGCGAGCUGUACCCCACGGAGAUCAGGCAGAUGGGGAUGGGCUUUGCUUCGGUCAGUGCCCGCUUUGGGGGUCUGACUGCACCCCUGGUCACCACGCUUGGGGAGUUCAGCACCACCCUGCCGCCCUUGGGCUUCGGGGCCACCUCGAUCCUGGCCGGCCUGGCUGUCUGCUUCCUGGCUGAGACCCGCAACGCGCCCCUGGUGGAGACCAUCGAGGCCAUGGAGAGGAGAGUCCGACAAGGUCUUCGCAAGGAGGAUGCAGAAGAGAAGACGGAAGAAAUUUCUCUCCGGCAGCUGGGAGCUUCUCCCCUCAAAGAAACCAUCUAAGCUGCCAAGAGCCUGGAGCUUGCUGGCCGCACCUUCUUUGGUGUUGAGACACCGCUGGGGCUUUUCCUGACAAUGAUCAGGGGUGAGGUUGGCCAAGGACCGUGGUGGCCCGGCGAGUCCGUGCCAAAGAGCUGCCUACAAACCAGAGCUGUGGCGACUGGAACAAAACCGGCCAGCAGCAGCCAACUGGCGUCCCAGACAUGCAGAAAGUCAAGAGAAAUAGGCCCAGGCACCAAAGGAGGAGCUGUGUUCCCUUCCGUCCUUGAAUCCGCCCCCUUAAGACCUCUGUUCAUUCUUAUCCCGCUUCAAAACACCGUCUUGGCAGUGUUGGGGUGGCUGACAUUUCUGCCCCUGGUUGUCCCUGGAACAGCCCCACCUGGCUUGUUCUUGAGAACCCAUUCUGCCCCACUCAUGGGGCCUUUCCUCUUUCCGGCCGCAUAUGCAAUUAAAGCUCUCUUCCCCUGUG